GAGAGUGCACAUUAACAAGUGGACAAGUGGAUACGGUUAAUUAAUCACAAUUUAGUAAUGCCAACUGUGGCUGUUGCACAGGUUCCUGUUUAAAUGCAGUUAUUUUCGUUUACCUGUAGGUGGCCAUGGUGCACGAGGCCCCUCGUCACCCCUUCCCCACUGUGGAUGUACCUGACCACGCCCAUUAUACUAUAGGGGCCGUCAUCCUGGCUAUCGGCAUCACCGGCAUGGUGGGCAACUUCCUGGUUAUCUAUGCCUUCAGCAGGAGCAGGUCACUGAGGACUCCAGCCAACAUGUUCAUCAUUAACCUGGCCAUCACUGACUUCAUGAUGUGCAUCACACAGGCACCCAUCUUCUUCACCAACUCCAUGCACAGGAGAUGGAUCUUCGGGGAGAAAGGCUGUGAGCUCUAUGCAUUCUGCGGGGCUCUAUUUGGGAUCUGCUCUAUGAUCACUCUGACGGUGAUAGCAGUGGACCGGUACUUUGUGAUCACGCGUCCGUUGGCCUCCAUUGGGGUGCUCUCCAAGAAACGAGCCCUGCUCGUCCUCAUGGCUGCCUGGGCCUACUCACUGGGGUGGAGCCUGCCCCCUUUCUUCGGCUGGAGUGCCUAUGUUCCAGAGGGUCUGUUGACCUCCUGUACAUGGGACUAUGUGACCUUUACCCCGUCCGUGCGUGCCUACACCAUGCUGCUCUUCACCUUUGUCUUCUUCAUCCCCCUGAUCGUCAUCAUGUACUGCUACUUCUUCAUCUUCAGAGCCAUACGUACAACUAACAAGGCUAUAACCAAGAUCAACGGCACUGGUAGCACCAGAGACUCCAUUAAGAGUUUCCAUCGGCUGAAGAAUGAGUGGAAGAUGGCUAAGAUCGCUCUUAUUGUCAUCCUCCUCUAUGUCAUCUCUUGGUCCCCCUAUUCUGCUGUUGCCCUGACUGCAUUUUCAGGGUAUACAGAUUUUCUGACCCCCUACAUGAACUCAGUGCCUGCUGUGAUCGCCAAGGCUUCAGCCAUUCACAACCCCAUCAUCUAUGCCAUCACCCACCCCAAGUACAGGAUGGCCAUAGCCAAGUACAUCCCAUGCCUGGGGUUUUUGCUGUGUGUACGUCGACGCGACCUGCAAUCCACCAACAGCAGUUUCAUGUCCACCCGGCGAUCCACUGUCACCAGCCAGACCUCCGACAUCGGCGACCGCUUACACCGCACCAGCACUGUCAAGUCCCGCCUCUCUUCCGCCUCCGACAGCGAAUCGGCCUGGACAGAUACUGAGGCUGACCUCUCCAGUAUGGGCUCCUGGCCGGCUAGCCGCCAGGUGUCCUGUGAUAUCAGUAAGGACACCGCCGAGCUCCCACACUUCAAGCCCUCCAAGUCCAAGAUGAAGAGCCACGACUCUGGUAUCUUUGAGAAGAACUCUAAUGCCAUGGACAACAUCUCCAUGACAGGCGUGGGCCACAGUGACCACGGCUUCCCUCCAAGUGCAGGAGAUUCGUCAGAAGGCACCAUAACUAGAGGAAUGAUUGGCCGGAUUCCCAGCAUCGUCAUCACCUCUGAGACCAGCCCCUUCUUACCUGUCCUUAAAGCCAGUUCCCAUGGUUCCAGUAGUAGGCCAGCCAGUGGCAGUGUAGAUGUAGGAUCUGUAACUAAGGGGCCACGGGAGAGUGUCCAGCAGGGGUCAACACUUCCCUCUAACAGUGAUGGCUCUACACCACUCAUCUGAUCACAACCACCCAGUUUUUAUGUACAGCACUUGAUUAUUUAUAGUAAAUGUCAGGGUCUGUACUCAACAUGCAACUUUUCUAAAAGUCAAGUUAACCCCCUGGUGAAUAUGUUCUUUAUUAAAACAUUUUGUUUUGUUGCUUUGUUAAUGUGCAAGGUGACAAAGUACAGUUUGGUAUCUACUGUAAGCAAAUGGGAUAGGUUGUGUUGUCUGCUAAACUUUCACCAGGUCAUCCGAGUGAGCUACAAUCAUACAAGAAGUGUAUGAUUUGUGUAUGAAAUGGCUUGCCAUUUCAAGUCACCUUUCAAAGAUUUCCCCAAGCUCAGGUCCCCUCUUAUAUCUGCAAGAGGAAGAUGGCUGAAACAGAUGAUAUAGAACUGUUGUGUGUAGUAAUGCAUUUGUGACUGAAACAGGCAGCACUGAUCUGAGCUGGAGAUGGCCAUCUGAGUGAUCUACACUAUAUAUACAAAAGUAUGUGGACACCCAUUCAAAUGAAUGGAUUCGGCUAUUUCAGCCACACCCAUUGCUGACAGGCGUAUAAAAUCAAGGACACAGCCAUGCAAUUCCAUAGGCAAACAUUAGCACUAGAAUGGCCUUACAAACUGCCUCUGGAAGCAACGUCUGAACAAGAACUGUCGGGAGAUUCAUGAAAUGGGUUUCCAUGGCAGAGCAGGAGCACAAAAGCCUAAGAUCACCAUGCUCAAUGCCAAGCGUCGGCUGGAGUGGUGUAAAGCUCGCAACCAUUGGACGUGGAAACACGUUCUGUGGAGUGAUGAAUCACGCUUCACCAUCUGGCAGUCCGACAGACAAAUCUGGGUUUGGCGAAUGCCAGGAGAACACUUCCUACCCAAAUGCCUAGGGCCAACUAAAGUAUGGUGGAGGAGGAAUAAUAGUCUGGGGCUGUUUUUCAUGGUUUGGGCUAGGCCCCUUAGUUCCAGAUAAGGGAAAUCUUAACGCUACAGCAAAGGAUGACAAUUCUGUACUUCCAAUUUUGUGGCAACAGUGGGGAAGGCCCUUCCUGUUUCAGCAUGACAAUGCCCCUGUGUACAAAGCGAGGUCCAUACAGAAAUGGUUAGUCAAGAUUUGUGUGGAAGAACACUGACCUCAACCCCAUCAAACACCUUUGGGAUGAAUUGGAACGCCGACUGCGAGCCAGGCCUAAUCGCCCAACAUCAGUGCCUGACCUCACUAAUGCUUGUGGCUGAAUGGAAGCAAGUCCCCGCAGCAAUGUUCCAACAUCUAGCGGAAAGCCUUCCCAGAAGAGUGGAGGCUGUUAUAGCAACAAAGGAGGACCAACUACAUACUAAUGCCCAUGAUUUUGGAAUGAGAUGUUCAACGAGCAGGAGUCCACGUACUUUUGGUCAUGUAGAGCAUCUUCGCUGGGAGAAAUAUCAGGCUGUUUAGGAUAUUGUCCUUAUUGUGGAUCCAGGUUGUAGUCAAUUCAGAUUCCGUCACACAGCCGUGGGCCUUGAGAAAGAGAGACUUAAAUGUAAUUGGCCAUUAGAAUGUGUAAGAUGCUGAAUUUGAUAGAACUUACAUUGUAAUACAGUAUUCUUUUGCUGUAUUUAUGCAGUAUAGAUUCAAUCCGUAUUGCAGAAGAUUCACGUUGUGGCGCGAUUGAAAUUUAAAGGCAAUGUUCCCGCGUUCGGCUCAAUCGGAAAUGACCUUUACAUUUGAACCUGGAUCGAAUCCAGCCUCAUUUUCUUUCUUAAAAAAAAAAAUCACAGAACGGUUUAAGCUAUUCUAGAUGCAUCCAGUUUACUGAAUAAUAAGUGGUUGGUCCAUAGGCAGUAGCUUAGUUGGUAAACAAAGACACUGUGUAAACAUGGUCUAUGGCAGAUUUGAAUUCCAGCAUCAAAUCCAAUUUUAUUGGUCACAUACACAUGGUUAGCAGAUGUUAUUACGAGUGUAGUGAAAUGCUUAUGCUUCUAGAUCUGACAGUGCAGCAGUAUCUAAGAGAUAAUAUCAACAAUUCCACACCCAAACCAAAUACACACAAUCUAGCAAAGGAAUGGGAUGAGAAUAUAGAAAUAUAUAUGGAUGAGCAGCGACAGAGCGGCUAAGAUGCAAUAGAUAGUGUAGAUUAUAGUAUAUACAUAUCAGAUGAGUAAUGCGAGAUAAGUAAACAUUCUUAAAGUGGCGUUAUUAAAGUGACUAGUGUUCCAUUUAUUAAAGUGGCCAAUGAUAUCAAGUCUGUAGGUAGGCAGCCGCCUCUCUGUGGUAGUGGUGGCUGUUUAACAAUCUGAUGGCCUUGAGAUUGAAAAACAGCUCCUAUGUCUUGGACCUAGCUUUGAUGAACAUGUACUGACCUCGUCUUCUGGAUGGAAGCGGGGUGAACAGACAGUGGCUCGGGCGGUUAUUGUCCUUGAUGAUCUUUUUUGCCUUCCUGUGACAUCGGGUGGUGUAGGUGUUCUGGAGGGCAGGUAGUUUGCCCCCCGGUGAUGCUUUAUGCAGACCGCACCACCCUCUGGCGAACCCUGCGGUUGUGGGCGGUGCAGUUGCCGUACCAGGCGGUGAUACAGCCUGACAGGAUUCUCUCAAUUGUGCAUCUGUAAAAGUUAGUGAGGGUUUUUGGUGACAAGCCACAUUUCUACAACCUCCUGAGGUGAGUUUCAUCAGUUUCCAGUGGCAUGUAUUCAUGGAAUAGAAAAUUACUUUAAUAGAAAAUGAUUGAAGUAAAAGUGAAAGUCACCCAGUAAAAUACUACUUGAGGAAAAGUCUAAAAGUAUUCGGUUUUAAAUAUAUUUAAGUAUCAAAAUUAAAUGUAAUUAAUAAAAUGUACUUAAGUAUCAAAAGUAAAAGUAUAAAUCAUUUCAAAUUCCUUAUAUUAAGCAAACCAGAUUUUCUAAUUUACAGAUACAAACAAACCAUUUGUGUUUAGUGAAUCCACCAGAUCAGGUAAUAGGGAUGACCAGGGAUGUUCUCUUGAUAAGUGUGUUGUACCAUUUUGUACCAUUUUCCUGGUAAACAUUCCAAAUGUAACUUUUGGGUGUCGGGGAAAAAGUACAUUAUUUUCUUUAGGAAUGUAGUGAAGUAAAAGUUGUCAAAAAUAAAAUAUGGUAAAGUACUUUAUACCACUGCUUAAUAUACUAAAAAUAUUUCCACACCAAGAUAACCAUAAGUAUUUAUUUUUAUGUCCCAUGGGGGUCUUUCUGCUUGUAAUUCAUUCAUUAUCAGACGAUUCAUUGUGGAGCUUAAUGCUCUAAUGGCAUCAGGGUUAAUGAUAACGCCACUCUUGUGAAAUCAAACUUCUAAAUCAUCCAAUAAUGUUAUGAUCUGCAGAAACAAUUUUGUGUGAAGUACAUACUGUAUAUUUAAGUUUUUUUUUUUUUAACAGUUCUUAUUCGCUUCUGUAUAUUUGUGUUGUACUGCUUUUAUUUCGUGAUUCAAGCUUUUGGAAGUAACUGUAAAGUGCAUUGUACAGUACAGUUCUAUGAGGAGUGUUGUGGAAUGUGAAUUCAAUGUUCCCUGUGUUUGUAUGGGUGGCAAAAAGGAACAUUAUUGUUGAUUGUACCUCAGCUGUUAUAUAGCCUUCCCUAAAUUGUGUCUAUAGUGAGUUUCAAUACAGAGCAUCACUAUAAUAUAUGUGACUAUAAUUAUAUUAUAGGGUAUGAAAGACUGCAUCAUACUCUAGAAUAGGUCUGAAGAUCAGAAACAUAAAAUAUUGAGUCAAGUGCAACAAGUUGUUUUGUUGUCUAAUUUGGAAAGUUAGAAUGUGAACAUAAAAUAACCUCACCCCAGUGUUUGCAAUUUAUCUGCCUGUAUGAGUAGACCAACUACACUUUUACAAAGCUUUCUCAUUGCGGUACAGGAUGUGUCUCACUGAGCCUUGUCCCUACGAAGUGAAAAACACUUUUCCUGUUGACUGAUACAUCAGAGUAAAUUGACCAUAAAUUGCUCCUUGGCAAUUGCAUUGGCACUCAAUCAUGAAGACGGCCUGUUUGUCAGAUCAUGCUUGGUUAUUAUAUCUCACUGGCAACUCAGUGGGUAGUGUCAUCCAUAUAAUGUUUUGGGAAAGGGAAACUGUGGGCCAAUCCACAAUUGUACCAUAAAACCUAAGCCCUAUGCACUUGUGGAUAUCUGAGAGGUUUUGGUAUGGUGAAACUUCCACCUAGCCUAUCAGAGGGCAAGGUGGUGCUAUUACCAGAUUGAUUACCAUGUGUCAAAUCCUCUCGAACUACACAAGUGCACAGGGGGCGAUUGGGACCGUGUCACCAUGCCUGUGAUUAUAUAUGAUUGAGCCACACAGUGACAUGUAAAUAGUGUUCCCAAUGUCUCAUGGCGAGAGAUUCGAGAGCUCCGCGUCAUUUCAGAUGGACUGAGAUUGAAAGGAUGAUUCAAAAGCAUUCCUAACAAUGAAAGAUAACUUCAUUCCCCCCUCCGCUCUCAGAGGAGGAAGUGUUCCUAAAAUGGAUUCAUUUGCCGAAUGUUUUCAAAAUAAAUGUUAUUCAGUCUUAUCAAAUGCUAAGUUGUAAUCUAAUUUUGUUGUUCUGUAGUAUAAUAGUGUUUAACUUAAAUACAGGUGUUUAAUUCAUUUGUUUAUGUGUAUUUGUAUAAUUGAGAGACAUCUAUCGUACAGAAAAGGACUAUAUGUUUGGAAAUAUGAAAAAGGAUUUACUGUAGAUUUGUUACUUAAAGUAUGUCCAAUCAGUGUUAUUGUUAUUUAUUUUUGUAAAUAAAUAUAU